AUGAAAAUGGGUCCGACAAAAGUUGUAUUAUUGGCUUGCGGUGCAUUUAAUCCACCAACUAACAUGCACUUAAGAAUGUUUGAAAUUGCAAGAGACCAUCUUCACCGACUAGGCUCAUACAUAGUUGUUGGAGGAAUUGUAUCUCCAGUGCAUGAUGCAUAUGGAAAAAAAGAACUGGAACCAGCAACACACAGAAUUACCAUGAUAAAAAUGGCACUACAAAAUCACGACUGGGUUGGUUUAUCCGAUUGGGAAUGUAAACAAGAAUCUUGGUGUCGGACACGACAAGUUUUGCAAUAUCAUCAGAAUCGUAUAAAUGCAGUGUUAAAUCAGUCUCUCAAUAACCAUUAUGACGUAAAUGAAGACGACAUUAAUUGGAUACCGGAUGAUAUUAAAAAUGGUUGUACAGGACCUAUUCAAGUCAAGCUUUUGUGUGGUGGAGAUCUCCUAGAAUCCUUUGGGACCCCUGGAUUAUGGUCAAAUGAAGAUAUCGAGGAUAUUGUAGGUCAACAUGGGAUUGUGGUUAUUAGUCGAUGGAAUUCUAAUCCACUGGAAUUUAUAUACAACUCGGACAUGCUCACUAAAUACAUGUCAAAUAUUGUGAUUGUUACCGAAUGGAUAAGAAAUGAAAUAAGUUCUACAAAAAUAAGAAGGGCCCUUCGAAGGUCGGAAUCCGUCCGGUACCUCCUGCCUGAUCUCGUCAUAGAAUACAUCCACAAAUAUAACCUCUACGGGUCGGAAAAAACUAAGUACUUGAUGCCUUCAAAUAAAAGCUCUGUAUUUCUAACACCGUCGCCUUCAGACGUGCCGAUGGAAUCCCCGAGCCCUACGAAUUGCAUGUAUAUUUGUAAUAAUAACCUGUUCUCUCGUCAGACGUACGACAAACGGAUGUCAAUCGACACAGUCGACAGUUACACUAAAACUAACACAGCUAACAACAUGAAACACCCAGGUCAAGCGGUAAAAAUCAUUACCGAGAGUUCGGGCGAACAUAAGAUCGUUAGAGACGAAGUUAAAAAUAAGGAGGCAUCUCUAGUACGACCUGCAUGUCUCUAGUUGAUCUUCUAAUGAUCUUGGGGCCAUGCUUGCACCCCAGUUAGUGAUAAAUCUCAAAUGUCGUACUUACCGCAGCAUGUGAUUAAUCAAAGGUGAACUUAAUAUAUCAGUUUUAUUAUUUCGGCACUUUCGCUUAAAGAAUACCUUAUUGUACAUCCUAUAUUUGGUUUAAUCUUUUACAACAAAACUUCAAAGAUUUCAUGAAUUGACAGAAAUUUGAAAUGCUAAUUGGAAUAUUUAUUCGUUAAGGGGAAAUUUGGGAGUUGGCAAAAAUCGUAUGGCCUAAACUGACAAUAUAAAUAUCAAGAUAAGCUUAAAUAUUUGAAACGUCAUAAAAAAAUUAAUUUAGAUUGGUUAGAAAUGGUAUUCUCUUAGUAGUAGCAGUGUACUAUUAUGGUAUACGUUUAAAAUGUCAGCUGAAUUGUUUUUGUUUGUAAAAUAGCAUGCUGAAAGCUUAGAAAAAUCGCUAUUUUGUACUAAUGCUAUUUUUUGCCCUCGUUUGAUUUCAACCCAAAUGAUUGAUGGUAAAAUAAUCAUGGUAUUUUAUUUUACGAGUAUGUUUUAUCAUUUCUUUCUGUAAACGCCUCUACUGUGGUUUCUCAAUGAUUGUAAAAAAAUGUUCAAUACAUUAAUUAUAAGAAAAAAAUAUUUAAAAUAUGGUUGUUAUAAUUAGUGAAACAUAAACGUAUUGAAAUAUUUAUCUGAGUGUAGCGAGAACCUGUAUGGAAGAGACGAUUCUUUCGAUGCCGAUUUUUAAAAUAAUUUAUUUUCUUUUGCAUAUAAAAAAAAUAAUAAAAACUAGAAUAGUUUCUAGGGGUUACAUGUACAAUAUUGAAAAAUAUACUAACUAUAUACUUUUCAAAACAUAAAAAAACUUAAAACUCACCAUAAGAUGUAAAAAUGUACUUAGUUUGUGACUGAGAUUUAUCAUAAGUGAUAGCGUACAUCACCACAAUUGUUACUAAAAUAUUGUUUUAGCUUUUCAGUUUAAAUAUUUUUUAUAUUAAAUUAUAGGUAGGCAUUUUUAUAUUUUAUAUGUUAUACAUUGUUUUCUAUAAAGGCAAUAAAACCAGUAUUAG